UGCAAGCAUCGUUGUUUAUCAACAACUUUACGGAUGCGUUCUGCCCUUCAGGAUGGAGAGCACCAAGCACGAAAUAUACAAUAUUUGCCGUUUUUGUUUGUGCCAAGACGAAGCAUAUCUAAUUCCCAUCGUGAAAAUAUUGGAUUCAACGCUCACAAUCGAAGAUAUACAAAGAUUCACCGGGAUACAGUUCAAUGAGGAUGACGAUACAUCGUAUGCGUUGUGUUUGGAAUGUACAAAUAGUCUUAAAAACUCGGCAGCCUUCCGCAAUACGUGCCUGAACAAUGAUUCUCUGUUCCACGAGCUGCACGCCGUGCUGAUUAGUAGCGCUGAAAGCAUAUACGGUGAAACGAUCGAGUACCUGGAAAGUGAUUUCGAAGUGGAGGAAGAUGCCAAGCAAGAUUACGAGAAAAGGGAAGAAAAAUCGGGCACCGCAUUUUCCAUCGAGCCGUUCUGGACACCGAAAGGUAACUCGCACGUCUCCUACGAGGAAGAGUACAUUCAGGAGUACCUGUAUGAAGAUACGGUAACAAGCAACAACGAGGAGGAUUUGUCAAACGUGGAUGACUUUCAGUACUCUGCCAACCGCAUCGAACCCGGCGAAUCGCUAUCCGACGACGACGAGUUUCCCGUCAACUUUAUGGAGUCAAAGAAAGUAAAAAAACCGAAGAAACAGCCCAAAGUCAUAGAGGAGCGUUUCCGGGGAAGGAGAAAGCUACAUCUUUGCAACUGGUGCGGCAUCUUCGUACACCAUAUCCCGAGCCACGUACUAAUUCACAAGGAGGAAGCCACAUACUCUUGUCCGCACUGCCCGGUAAAAAUGAAACAGAAAGGCAACCUGUCACAGCACAUACAAACGGUACACUUCAAAACUGUCGGUAAGACGUGCGAAAUUUGCGGCAAAGGCUUCAUCCAUCACAAAACGUACAGGUAUCACAUGCGCACGCAUCAGGACGCGGGAGAAUCAUUCGAAUGUCAGGUCUGCUCAAAACAGUUUAGCCGCUCCAGUGGUUUAGAAGAUCAUUUCAAAAAGUUUCAUAGUAUAGCAAAGAAUUUGAAACUCAUUGGUUCAUAGAUAUGUCGCCUUCGUAUGAGUGACAUCAAACUGCAUGCAUUCAUCGGUCUACGAAGGGAAUAUGUUUUACAUUACACUUUGUCCUAGGUUGAUAUGGUGCGAUAACUUCUUUCGUCAUCAUAAUACUAAACCGACUUUCAAAAAUAGUGAUAAGGUUUAGUCUUCUAUAUUACAUUUUAUUUUAUUUUUAUAAAUGAUUAGUGUCACGAUUUUAACAAUUUGUUCCGUCAUAUGUUCUCUGUGUAUCUGCAUACUAUACUUAAGUUUACUGGUAGAAUCCAAUAGUGAUUCUAAAUUUAAAUAUUGACACAAUUUGCUGGAGGCAGUUGUGACGCAACCCUCGUGGUCCCACGUGGCCCUUUGGAUGAAAUGCGGGGCCCCCUAAAUGAUUGAUUCUUCCAGGAUCGUACAGCCUUUGUAUAGGAAGUUAUGCCUCAGUCGGUAUGAAUGAGGCCCCCAAACAGCUGCUUAGUUUACUUCUACCAUGAUCCGCCCCAAACUGUAAUGUAAUAUUUCUAAUACUGAUUUACGAUUUUAAUAAAAGAAUCUGUCCGUGCUAUGCAGAAUUUUAAACAAA